CUGAUAUCAAAGACCGGAUUCACGACCACAAAUAAACCGGCUGCACAGAACGUCCAGCGUCGUGGGGAAGAAUAGGAAAAGGAUUCCUACCAACUACUGAAGGGCCAGCAAGCUGUACUGACAUCUGUGUUCCUCAAGUCUAAUCCUCCUUGCCUAAUCUCUAAUUCGUAAAUUCCCGCCUUUGAACUCAACAGCCCUUUCUUUGUCUAUUCAUUCUGAUGAGCUUUCAAUAUGGCCGCCCUCCUCCCUUCAUCAUCCAUCUCACCGGUGCUUCGCCAAAAAUCCUCAAUGCUCUCGUUAUGUCUUAGAUCAAACUCGUCAUGCCUCUCUAACAAGCGGUCACUUUCGUCGCUAUCACAAUCCCUGUCGCGGACGCGAACAUACAGAUCUCAACCACCAAAGCGGUCGUUUUCAUCCCUCGCCACACAAACCCGUCAUAUCACAACCCGAAUCCCUCGACCAUUCUCGCAAUCCAAGUCCACAAAAGCCACCAAAUCCGCCACCUCCACCCAGCCUGCUCCGGUACAUCCUCCUCUCCCGCUCACGAACCUCCCCUACUUCAUCCGCCGUACCCCUUCAAACCAAUUACCCGUCUACCUCGUGACCAAAGCUGGAGGCACCAAGCAGGAGACCAAGAUCCAGAAAACCGAGGGAGAUGUUGAUGCGCUAUGUUCAGAUCUGGCGAAAACUCUAGGGAUAGAACCGAAUUCUAAGGACAUUUAUAUCAAUCGAUUAAACGGGCAUGUCGUUGUUAAGGGCUGGCGGAAACCGGAAAUACAACAAUUCCUAUUGGACCGAAAAUUCUAGUGGGGAAAAAGAGGGAAAAACAAAAAUGAGAGACCAAACAAGCCCGGAUUCCUUUGUCCAGUCGACACAGUUCUCACUUCCUCAUUCGCAUGUCCUGUUCUAUUUAAUAUUGCAUUCCAUCUUAACCCAUCCCUUCCGCAGCGCAGGUGUUUAAGCGCAAUAAAUCCUCAACCCGAAAAAAAGGGGAGAAGGGGCGGAAAAAAACAUUUUCCCACCAAUUGUUUAAAAACGUUUUCCUUUUUUUUCCUCUCUCAGUUUCGGUUCCCGGUUAAAACAUUGGUUUUUCCUUCACUUUUUUCUUAGUCCUCUAGUCCUCUGCUGUGGCCGUCUUUCUUUGCAUAUUAUUUAUUAUUCAUGGAUGAACACCACAAAGCCACAGCCACAGCCACAGCCACACCCACCCUCUUCUCUCUCAUCGUGUACAGUAUUGCUACAAUUUACGAAAUGGAUCAGAGAAGUCUAUAGGUAUUAGUUGGUUGUUAUUAUGAGAAGCUAGCUGCUAUGUGGCCUUUUUAUAGGAGCUUGCGAUCGCCGAUCACGUGGAUUGGCGGAGUGUGUGGGCGGAAGCGGUCGGCCCGCAAGGGAGGCAAUCCGACAAAAAGCAAAGAAGAAAAAUCCCUUUCGAACAACUCAACCUCAUUUCAUUUACCAUUCCAUCUCACAAAACUAUCAAAUAGCUAAAAUAAAAAUAAAAUAAAAUAAAAAUAAAAUAAAACUACGCCCCACACCAACCCAGCCCAAACCGGCUAAAAAGAAUACAAGAAGACAAUAAAAUAUAACAAGAAAAAGGAACUAAAAAAAAGCAUUUCCUAGAAAUGAACAAACAAAACAACUUAACCCCCCCCCCCCCCGGCCCCCCAUUUAUGUUAAAACAAAAAAUUGAGAUUUAGCCUGCCUGCCUUUACGCACACAAGAUACAAACACAUUAUAAAACAAAGAAAAAGAAGAAUAUUUCAAUCCCCCAACCCUGCAUAUUCACAAAGCUGCCUCACAACAUUCGGGUCAAUAUUCGGCGUCAAAAGCGCGCCUAGGAAAUUCUCCUUCUUCGGCAGCACCCCCAGCGGAACUUCUCCCCCUUUACUCCCAUGCGCAUGUCCAUGUCCAUGUCCACUUCCUCCCCCAGUAUUAUCAUUGUUAUUGCUACUGCCGCUGCCGCUGCCACUGCCACUGCCACUACCGGCAGAAUCUGCCAUCCUUGACUUCCGCGCAAGGCGCACAAGCACCGCCAGCGCCCGCGACGUGAUGGAUCCAUAGCCAUGGAAUUCCGCCUCAGCGGCCCGUGCGGCCUGGUGGCUGCCGUGCCGGUGCUGCGCUGACACUGCUGCUGAGGACGCGGCCGCUGAUGUGCGAUCUGUGCUCAGGAGGCAGGCGAGGCGAAGAAGACUGAUAGCGAACCCGUCUAAGGAUACUAGCCAGGAGCGCGCGAGGUUGUUGUCUGCGAAGCCGGAUAGGAGCUCGGCGGCAAGCAUGCCCUGCAUCAGUAGUGGUUUGCGGGCGUCAACUAGGGCGACAAUGUUUCCCCGCAUGUGUUCUGGGAUUGCGGCGAUGGAGAGGCCAAAGGUUCGGGUUAGGAGUUCGUAAGGAGGUGUUGAGGUGAAGUCUUGGGCAAAGAUGGCUUUGUAGUAGGUGCGAUUGGGGUCGUCUCGUGCAAGUAGCUUGGCCAAGCUGUCAACGGCAGCAGGCAUGUAUCUGUGUAUGCUUGGGUUGUACGGUGUGAACAUGAUAGUGUUAGGUCCGAAGGAGGUUGGAACAGGAGUCGGGGCAAAAGAUAAGAGGAAAUGCAAUAAACAGAGUGCUUCAUCCUUUCCAGGAAGUUGAAUAGAAUGAGACAGAUUGCUGAGAUAAAUGACGGCGUCUUUCAUGAAAUCGAGGGUAUUUUGAUGAGUUCGUAACAGCAUGUUUCUUGUGCCUAAAUACCGUAU